AUGUUUAGUGAUGUAACAUCAUCAACUGCAGAGUUGACAUUAUCAAUAUGGCAAACAAGUAGUCCAUCACCAUCUUCAUCACCUCAACCAUCUCAAUCAAUGAUUGCUGGUGAUGCCAAUGUCAACGUCAAUGGAAAUGGAAAUGAUUCAAUGUCAAUGUCAAUCGAUACUCCACACAAACAUCAAAGCAUUCAAACUAUACUAUUUAAUAAUAGUAAUAGCGGGAAAUUGAUUGGACGACUCACCAUCCCAUACUCUGAGUUCCAGACGCACUUUAUCGACAAGUGGUAUCCUCUAACAGGUGGUCAAUCAUCAUGCUCCGUUCAUCUUAAGAUGAGCUACACAGACUCCAACUCCAAGGUCACAUUGGACGACUUCCUCGUGUUGAAGAUGAUUGGCAAGGGUGGCUUUGGACAUGUGAACUUGGUGAAGAAGGUGGACACGGGUAGAUUGUACGCGAUGAAGGUGGUCAAGAAGGAGAAGUGCCUGGACUUGAACGCCGUGCAGCAUACAUUCACUGAGCGAGAACUACUCAAAAAGUACUACCAUCCAUUCAUCGUGGGCCUAAAGUACUCGUUCCAGACACAGGACAGCCUGUGCAUGGUGCUCGAGUAUAUUGGUGGCGGCGAGCUAUUCUAUCACAUCAAUGAGCGCGAGACAUUCAGCGAGGACACUGCACGCUUCUACAUUGCCCAGAUCAUGCUGGCCAUUGGCUUCCUGCACGAACAUGGCGUGAUCUAUCGCGACCUCAAGUUGGAGAACCUUCUGAUGGACCUUGACGGCAACCUCUGUCUCGUCGACUUUGGCCUUUGCAAGGAGGGUGCCAAAGAGGGCGUGCCCACCUACACCAUGUGUGGCUCACCCGAGUACAUGGCACCCGAGACCAUCACUGGCACUGGCUAUGGUCGAUCAGUAGAUUGGUGGGCACUUGGUACAUUACUCUAUGAAAUGAUUGUUGGUUUGCCACCAUUCUAUUCAGAGGAUCCACAUGAGAUGACCAAACUCAUUGUUGCCGCACAACUCAAGUUCCCUGCAGGGAUCUCAAAGAAUGCAUCAAGUUUGAUAUCAAUGCUCUUGAACAGAGAUCCAACCAAACGAUUGGGCUCUGGUGAGUCUGAUGUCGAGGAGAUCAAAUCACAUCCAUUCUUCAGAUCACUCAACUGGACCAAAGUCCUAAACAAAGAGAUCGACCCACCAUUCAAGCCUCACCUCAAUGGACCACUGGAUCUCUCAUACUUUGAUCCACUUUGUACAAUUCAUUCACUUCCAGUCAACCCAAACACUUAUAAUAGCAACCUGUCAGAGUCUGAUCAGAUGGCAUUCCAAGGUUUCUCGUAUAGUGCGCCAGACCUCUUCCAUCUGAUCAACAGCAACAGUGUGAAGAAUGGUGGCAGUUUCAACAAUGGCAGUUUCAACAACAGUCUGGCCAACAGUCUGACCAGCAACAAUAGUGGCAGUGGCAGUGGUCUGCUACCUUCGCCAUCACUGAGCAGACACCAAACAACCACUCCGCCACUCUCAUCCAAUCCCGCCACGCCAUCUACACCUGGCGCACUGUCUCGUAGCAACCUUCAUUCACCAAUGACCAUCUCACCAUCACCAUUAUACAGCUUUACAUCAAUCGCCAGACAACAACAAGAUAACAUGGUCGGCGUUACCACCACCAACAACAAUAGCUCUGCUCAGAAUACACCAACGUCACCUCCUCCCAAUCCAACGAUCAAGUCCACAGGUGGAUGGGUUCAGCCACAGUACCCUCAUCUCCUCCAUCCACUCCCACUCAAGCCUCUAUUCUCAAGGAUACAGGAUCGAAGGAGGUCACUCUCCAAUGCGACCCAAUUCACAAUGGCGCUAGGGCCUGAAGACGAGGAUAUGUAA